AUGCGACGCGGAGGUCCGCCGCCACCGGACGCCCACAAGAGCGCCGUCUCGGCCGGCAACAGCGCCGCCACAACGCCGCGAUCAGCUGCGCCCUCGGGCUCCCAACGCUCGCUCUCGACCGGCGCACAUGGCACGAUACUCAUCAAUCUCGACGUGUUUAUCCACCGCGCAAACAUUGGGCGCGACAUCAGUCCGGCCGACGACGACCUCAUUGUGCUCUUCCGCCGCAACAGCAAAGAGGUGACGUCGGAGCCCGCGCACUGGAGCGCCGAGCACAGCGCCGUGUGGAACCAGCACGUGGACAUCCAGACGUCGCUCCUGCGCCAGAAGAAGCCGCAGGGCGCUGCGACGACAGCAGCCGCCGAGUUUCUCAAGAAGGAGUACGAGAUUGUGCUCGUGGCGUUGCCGAGCCACUCGGCCGUCGCGCUCUUCUCGGUGGACUUUGCUACGCUCGUGCAGCCCAACGCACUGCCGCACGACCGCCGCAAGUUCUUCCGCGUCUCGCCGCUCAAGUGUCGGGACUUGGCGGCCACGCUCGAGUUUGAGAUCACGUGGGACCUCGUGAGCUCCUCGGACAGCUCGCCCGCCACUGCCGGUGCGUCCGUCGCCGCAGUUGCGGGACUGCCGCCGUCGUCGACGCUGCCGGCCAAGAGCGGAACGACGCCCAAGGCUCAGACGCCGCGCUCGCGAGAGCGGAACAGGUCGCGUCGCGUUGCCAACGACGCUCCGUCCGUGCCGAACCGCCGCACGACGGCCAGUCUGAGUUCGGCCGGCAGCGAGAACGACGGGCUGGAAGAAGCGUCGACGCUCAAUUGCAGCAACUGCCGGUCGGCAAAGCGCCGACUCGACCGCAAAGAGGUGCAAGUGCUGCAGCUCGAGUCGUUCCUGAAAGAGUCGCAGAAACGGAUCGACGCCUUGGCAACGGAGAACGAAGAGCUGGUGGUUCGCGAAAAGGCCGAGACGCGCAACGCAGUGCAGCAGCGUGCAUUGAAUCUGCGGCUGCUACAGGAGCUUGAGACGGCUGUGCUCUUGUGCAACGAGCAGAUGCAUUUGCAAGACACGACGUUGCUGCCGCAGGUGGAGCUGAUUGAGCGAGUCAAGAAGUUUCACGACGAAGUGGACGUGCUGCGCGGCUACGAGAGCGCGCACUCGAUCGAAGCAGCCCUCAGUCCGGAGUCGCAGCCUGCCUUGGACUACCGAGCCGAGACCGAGGCAGCAUUGCAGCGCAACCAGCGACUGCAGGAGCAAUUAGAGUUCGUGGGUCGCUCCAUGGACUACGACAGCGAGGCGGCCGAGGGCGGUACUCGCACUCAUCGUGCGGCAACAGACGCGUCCGGCACUACUAUCUCGUCGGUGCGUAGCGGGAGCGUCACGCUGGACUUUCGCGAGCGACCGGUUGCUCUCACGAUGACGCAGCAGCUCAACAAUCUCGAGCGCGAGAACUUUAAGCUGCGGGCAGAGCUUGAAGGUGCACUGGCAAACGUCGCCAGUGCUCUGAAGAAGCACUCGGGAGGCUACCCAUCCGGCUUUGCAUCCGGUCCAUCUCUGACUGCAGAGGUCUCCGAGACAACGAGCUCGUCUAGUCGCGAAGACAUUGAGGAGACCGAACAUGAUGAUGCGGCGCUGCUCAGUCGCAUCCGCGAGCAGCACGAGGUCGAAGCUGGACGCGUGGCCGCGCUGGAGUCGGAACUGGCUACGGCCAAAGGCGACGUCAAGACGCUGAAACAACAGCUCGAGUCUGCUCAGAACGGGUGCGCGCGGAAGACAGACCAAGCGCAGCCGACACAGGCGUCUGGCUUCUUGGACAAGAUGUACGCUGAUGUCGGCAAAGCCAAAUUGGCGCUAGAGGACCGCGUCAACGAGCUGGACGAGAUGUUGGCGAGUGCGACCGAAGAGAAUGGUCGUCUACGCGAUCAGAUUGAGGAGCUUCAGGCGCAGAAGAGCGACAGCGAUGGCCAAGCGACCGUGGAGGAGACCAAGACAAGUAUCUGUGAACUCGAGAGGCUACUGGAUGUGCGGGGCAAAGAGCUCGAGGUGAGCAAAGCAGAGGUCGCGUCACUGAAGGUACAGCUAGAAGACGCUGCACGUCGUGCUCGAGCGGGCGAGAGUACAAAGGCGGAGCUGGAGAGCGAACUCGCAGGUGUGCGGUUGUCUUUGAAGAUGGCAAGGGAAUCGAUUUUGCAGCUCGAGAACCAGCUGGCUGUGAUGUCUUGUAGCGCAGCCGGCGCAACAACGUCCACGUCAUUCAUAUCUCGCAACUCGACUACAAGUGACGCUGUAGGUCACGACCAUUUGGCCGACGUGCAAAAGCAGCUGAAGCUAUCGAAGCAGGAAGUCAUGCAGCUCCGUUUCCGCAGCAACCAGCUCGAGAGUGUCAAUGAGCGUCUCGAAGAGACGCUGAAAGAGAAGCGCACGCUCGAAGUGAAGCUAACUGCGCUCGAAGGUCAGCUCUUUGAGCAGCGAAGCCGGACGAUCAACUCGGACAACAACAGCUUCAUUGCUCCCUCGUUGGACGCCAAGACGUCUGCAAUGUUGGCCGAGAUGCAGCGCGAGCUGGACCAGAAGUCGGCCCAGCUCAUGAUUGCUGAGCAGGACCUUGAGCACUUGCGCUCUCGGGUUGAUGGGCGAAGCGGCGAAGGCAGCAGCGCACCUAGCAACAUGGACGACGUGGCGCAUCAGGUCAAGUGCUUUGAGAGCGAGAUCGCGUGCUUGUGUGAGCGCAAUGACGAGCAGGCUCGGCGACUGAAAAGGCUCGGGAAUCGAGUGACAGUUGCUAUCCGCGAGCGCGACGAGCUCGAGGCGAUCGUCCAGCAAAUGGUGACAGAGAUGUCGUUGCUUGGCAAAGACGUGAAGUUCCCAGUCGAGACUGGCGCCAAUCGCUCGGUAUCGGUCUGCGAGAACGACGAGACGGAAAAAGCGCCGUCGCCAAUGUCACGGCUCGCGUCGCCCUCGAUUUCAGCGCAGGCCGGCAAGAUCACCGACCGCUAUGCAAACGCAGUCGCCUCGAGCUCGUCUCACACGACGAGCUCUUGUACGCCGACAGUAUCUAGCAAGGUGGCCCAGCUCAUGAAGAACUUUUCGGCCUAG